CAGAAGAAGCGGCAGAACAAAGACCUCAUGGAGUUGCAGGCUCUCAUCGACAGCCACUUUGAGGCCCGGAAGAAGGAGGAAGAGGAGCUGGUCGCGCUCAAGGAGAGAAUCGAGAAGCGCCGUGCGGAGAGAGCUGAACAGCAGAGGAUCCGGGCCGAGAGGGAGAGGGAGCGCCAGAACAGGCUGGCGGAGGAGAAAGCCCGGCGGGAGGAAGAGGACGCCAAGAGGAAGGCCGAGGACGACCUGAAGAAGAAGAAGGCCCUGUCCUCCAUGGGCGUCAACUACAGCAGCUACCUGGCCAAGGCUGACCAGAAGAGAGGCAAGAAGCAGACGGCCCGGGAGAUGAAGAAGAAAGUCCUGGCCGAGCGGCGGAAGCCCCUCAACAUCGACCACCUCAGCGAGGAGAAGCUCACGGACAAGGCCAAGGAGCUCUGGGAAACCCUGUACCAGCUGGAGACCAACAAGUUUGAGUACGCGGAGAAGCUGAAGCGCCAGAAAUACGAAAUUACCAACCUCAGGAGCCGCAUCGACCAGGCCCAGAAGCACAGCAAGAAGGCCGGGACCACGGCCAAGGGCAAAGUCGGCGGGCGCUGGAAGUAAAGCAGCCGAAGAAGUUCCCAGAGGCAGAGACCCUCAGCCU